GCUGGGAUCUUCGGCGGCGGCGUGGGGUUCGUUCUUUGCGGCCUGCUGGCGGCGGCCGCCUGGGAGGUGCAGCGGCUGGUGGGCAGGUGCCCUGAUGCUGAAGAACUAUGAGCUUUCAGAACUUCUGGAGAGACUACAAAGUUCUAGUUGUUAUGGUUCCUCUAGUUGGACUCAUACAUUUGGGGUGGCACAGAAUCAAAAGCAGCCCUAUUUUCCAAAUACCUAAUAAGGAUGUCAUUUCUGAGCCAGAUAGUCUGGCACUUGCAAGUCCACAGAAGAGUCAAAUCCAAGAGAAAUAG